AGCAGCAGCCAUUGCCCAACAUGGGCGCAGGUCAAUCCAAACCCGACGUGUCUACCAAGCAUGUCUUUGCCAGUGACACACCUAUCCAGUUUUCCCAAGAAUUACUCGACUCCCUCCAAGCAUCAUCAGAAACAAAUUCAACCCGCGCAAAGGCGUUAGAACUUCACAUUGCUCAACGCGUCUCCGAAGAGUUAGAAAAAGUACAGAAACAUGAAUCCGCUCUCCUAGAGGAGGCCCGCAAGAAGAUCGCCGAAGGAGAAGAGAAGGAUUCGGCAAAGUCUUCGGCAAAGUCUUCGGAUUCACUCCUUCAAAUACCCUCGAUAUCCCCGAAAAACCUGCUCAGCUCCGAAAGCGACGAGGAAAAGCAACGCAGAGCCCAGAGCUCGCAGAAAGUGCAACAAGAAAUCGAGAAGCUCAAGCAGACGCUAGGUCAGCGGAAAACAUUAAAGGAACUCCCCAAGGAAGUGGAAUCAGCGAGACAAGAUGUGGUCAACUGCCUAAGAAUAAACGAUAGACGACCACUCGACUGCUGGAAGGAGGUGGAAAUCUUCAAACGCGAGGUACGGAAAAUGGAGGAGAAUUAUGUUGAAUCCGUGCUUUGA